AUGUUCGGUAAAGGCCUGAAACGGAAGCUGGAAGAGGAUGAAGCGCGGCUGGAAGGCAAAGCGCUGGAGGUGGCGUGUCCCGAGGCUCUGUCCAAAGUGUCGUACACGCUGCAGCGACAGACCAUCUUCAACAUCUCGCUGCUGAAGCUGUACACGCCGCGGCCGUCGGAGCCGAGUCUGCGCCGCCGCGUCCUCAUCAACAAUAUGCUGCGACGCAUCCAGGACGAGCUGCGGCAGGACGGCAGCUCCAGGCCGCUGCUGCUGCCGCCCUCGCCGCCGCCCGACGACCCGCUGGACGAGGGCUACCGACAAGCCCCGCCCACUUUCGGAGCCACGCCCACAUUCGGAGCCCCGCCUCUUACCCCGCACCCUCUAGGCUCGGGCGCAUCUCUGCCUGCUCUGGUGAUGCCUCAGGACUGCCCUCUGGAGGUGUGUCUGACUCCUGCGUCGCUCCUGGAAGACGACCAUAUGGAGAACAUGGAAAACGCCACGUUCAGCCUCUCUGCUCCUCCCACGCCUCCCGCCUCACCGCGCCCUCUGCCCAAGCCUUCAGACUCCUCCCCUCCGCCUCCCCCUCCUCCCUCACGAACCGCCGUGCCCCCUCACCCUCACGCCGCUCUAACCGUCUCUACCUCCCAGCUUUCCCGAGAGCACCGCGUCAAACCGGAUCUCGCCGGCGUCUUGCUCCUGGACACGUUGCCCACAGACUCCGCCCCCUCCCCUUCAGACUCCGCCCCCUCCCCCUCGGGUUUCCUCUCAGACUUGGCUUUAGACGACGUCCUAUUUGCAGACAUCGACACCUCCAUGUACGAUUUUGACCCUUGCACGGCGGCGCACACGGCGGGGAGCGCGGUCAUGGCGACGGCCGCGGGAGGGAUUUCCAAACUGGGGCCCGCGGUCACUGCUGAUGACCUCAUCAAGUCGCUAGCGUCGCCGUACACUGGCCCCGCCCCCCAAGUGUCGUCCAAUCAGCCUUUCAAGAUAGACCUCACAGAACUGGACCACAUUAUGGAAGUCUUGGUGGGGUCUUGA